UUGAUCGUCUUAUCUCCCCGUUGGUUUCUUGCGUUAUACUGUGUCUGAAUCGCGGCGGAGAGAAGACUCGUGACUCGAGUCGUACUCGAUUGUCCGCUCCAUUCGCCCUGAUGGCGGCGUCAAACGGAGUGUACUCCGACCGUGGGUCAUCGGCCGUCGAGGCCGACUACGCUUCCGGAGUCGGCGGGUUCUUCUCGAGUGACUCCAGAAAACAUGAGGAUCUGAAGAACAUGCUCGAUUCAAGCAAAGAUGGACUCAAGCUGGAAGCAAUGAAAAGAAUUAUCGGCAUGAUAGCGAAAGGUCGCGACGCAUCGGGACUGUUCCCCUCGGUCGUGAAGAAUGUCGUCUGUCAAAAUAUCGAAGUCAAGAAAUUGGUCUACGUGUACUUGGUACGCUACGCCGAAGAACAGCAGGAUCUUGCCUUGUUAUCGAUCUCGACAUUCCAAAGGGCGCUGAAGGAUCCUAAUCAACUCAUACGAGCCAGUGCUCUGCGAGUUCUAAGCUCCAUACGCGUAAAUGUGAUUGUGCCUAUCAUGUUCUUGGCCAUCAAGGACGCUGUGUCGGACAUGUCGCCGUACGUCCGCAAGACUGCGGCCCACGCCAUCCCGAAACUCCACGCCUUGGAUCCGGAGCAGAAAGAUGCUCUCGUCGACGUGAUCGAACGUUUGCUCGGCGACAAAACGACGCUCGUCGUGGGCUCUGCCGUGAUGGCUUUCGAGGAAGUGUGUCCCGAGAGAAUCGAGCUGAUACAUCGCAAUUACCGGAAGUUGUGCAAUCUGCUAGUCGAUGUCGAGGAAUGGGGCCAGGUGGUCAUCAUCCUUAUGCUUACGCGCUACGCUCGUACGCAGUUCUUAGAUCCGAACUUGUCCGACGUGCAACCCGCGAACGGAACCGCCGAGCACGAGCUUCCCCUCGACAAGAAAGAGCCCAUCGCCAUCGACCCGGACCUUCGGCUUCUACUGCGGAAUUGCAAACCUCUGCUCCAGAGUCGCAACUCUGCGGUGGUAAUGGCCGUCUGUCAACUAUACUACCACUUGGCGCCGAGCAGUGAACUCAAUAUCACGACGAAGGCUCUCAUCCGACUGCUUCGAUCGCACCGAGAGAUUCAGACUGUCGUCCUGAGCAAUAUCGCUACGAUGUCGAGUAUGUCGGCGAGCCGGAAAACGAUGUUCGAACCUCAUUUGAAGUCCUUCUACGUACGCACAUCGGACCCAACCCACAUCAAGGUUCUAAAGCUUGAGGUUCUGGCGAACUUGGCCACGGAAACGAACAUCUCGGUCGUUCUUCGGGAGUUUCAGACUUACCUUCAAUCGACAGACAUGGAGUUCGUUCAAGCCACCAUCCACUGCAUCGGUCGAGUUGCCCAUCAGAUAAAAGAGGUGGCCGACGCCUGUUUGAAAGGAUUGACGGCCUUGCUAUCGUCGCGCAAUGAGCUCGUUGUCGCAGAGAGCGUUGUGGUCAUCAAGAAAUUAUUACAGAUAGAGUCUGGUCAGCACAACCAGAUAAUCCGUCAAAUGGCUCGUCUUCUGGACAAGAUUCAGGUACCGAUGGCGAGAGCCUCAAUUCUGUGGCUCAUUGCCGAAUACGCAGAGCCGAAAAUCGCCCCAGACGUAUUGCGUAAAAUCGCGAAGACUUUCUGCCAAGAGGAAGACAUCGUCAAGCUCCAAGCUCUCAACCUAGCCUCGCGUCUGUCUCUCACCAACAGCCAACCUCAGACAAAGCUCAUCGUGCAAUAUAUUUUCAACUUGGCGAAAUACGACCAGAACUACGACAUCCGUGAUAGGGUUCGAUUUCUGCGUCACCUCUGCUCUGGGAACGAAGCCGGGACCGGCCUCGGCCGAUUCGCCAAAAAGUUUCUCUUGGCUUCGAAACCAGCGCCGAAACUGCAAUCACCUUUCGGGGGACGAGAACAAUAUCAGAUGGGAUCGCUCUCACAUUUAAUUAACCAACCGGCUGCCGGUUAUCAGGAGCUCCCAGAUUUUCCGGAUGAGGCCCCUGAUCCGUCGGUGCGGGAUGUCACUCCACCGCCGACGCCUGUACUGACGCGACACGAAAACCGGAAAUCGUCGAAGUUCUACGAGGACUCCGACGAAGAGGCUCGAGACUCCUCCGGCAACGGGAGCUCGGACUCGUCGGCGUCAUCGUCUUCGGAUUCUGAGUCAGAUUCAGAAACAGAUUCUGAGAGCGAUGAUUCGCAGGUGGACGGUAACGACAGCAACGAAUCGAACGAAGAAGACGCGAAGCCGAAAUCGAAACACCAGUCAAACGGCUCUGAAUCACUGUCCGAGUCGACGGACGAUUCCGACAUCUUGCGCAAGGCCCGGAAUCUCAACAGCGCGAAGAAUCAUAGAAAUUCCAUCAAGGGCGGAGACGCGCUCCGUAAUGGCAACAACAACAACGAGAAAAACCUCAGGAACAAUCACUUGAGCAAGAAUACGACCAGCAAGAAAAUAAUUCCUUCCGAUCAUGACGAAGUUGGGGACAACAACGACGAUGAGGAAGACGACGACGACGACGACUCAUCCUCGAGCAGGGAGGAUGACGAUGAGGAAGAUUCUCGACAGGAACAAACGAAACAGAAACCCCAAUCUGUCGACCUUCUGCUCGACCUAGACGACCUCGAACAGAACAUUCCAGCUCCCACGUUACCCCUCCCCAUGAUUCAGCAGACUCUAUCGACUAUCACCCCGAGUGUCAAAGAGCCGGCCAGAAUCGUAACCCCGGUGACGAACGCGGUGAUGCCCGUACUCGAGCGCCAGAUGUUGGUUUCGGUGCAGGAUUGGAACGGACUGGAAGUCCUGUACCGAUACACCCGUUGUGAGAACAUAUAUUCACCGAAGAUGACCUCGUUGGAGUUCACUUUCGAAAACAAGACGAACCGUGUUUUCGAAAAAAUCGCCAUCAGACCCGCCGACGGAAUCGCGAUCGAGGUGAAAGCUGCCGAGUCACACGUAGCUCUGAAUCCGGAGUUAUCACUCGUCACAACGAUCGGAGUCGACUUCAAAGACAGCGCUCAGGAGGUCCGACUCGUUCUGACCGCCGAUGGGGCUUCGUUCGAGGUCCGGGUGACGCCUCCCGUCGGCGAAAUCAUUCGUCCUGUCAUCGUAUCUCAGAAUGAUUUCGAGCACUUCAAGAAGACUCUCGGAGGAAUGUGCGAGUCGUCGACGGAGGUGAGCUGCGCCCUCAGUCCCGAGCAGCUGAGAGAACACGUCCAGAGAAAGCUCAAUGUGAUCGUGGUUGAAGACAACAACGUCGAGAGCGUCGUUUCGGAUUCUGGGAAAGUUCGCUUCGCGGCACAAACCAUGAGCUCUCAGUGCCUUGUUCUGAUCGCGAUCGAACGAAGCAGUCCAGAGGGUCUUAGAAUCAUUGUCAACUGCGAGAGAAUGGUCGUCGGGAAGAUGCUUCUGACCCAAAUCAAAAAAGUCUUGCAGGAAGCAGGAUGAUAUGUCCCAAAUGGCGAACGCCACCUCAAACCCGAUUUGGACGAGUAUACCUCGCCGGAAAUACACGUACAUCAAGUCCAAUCAGAUGCCGAUGAGAUCGCUUGG